UAGAAAAUAACUGCUCUUCUUCUGAUGGAAAGUGUGAUUGCAAGAACUUGUACACAGGAGAUACAUGUGACAUUUGUGUAAAUGGGCGAUACGAUGACGGAUGUGUGAAUGCAUCAACAAGGAAUGAACAGGCAGAAACAGAUAAACCAAUCAUUGGUGCGCUUGUCGGUGGGGUAAUUGGUACUGUUCUUGUAGCUGUAACGGUUGUCGUUGUUGUCAUCAUUCUCAAACGAAGAAAUGAGUUAUGCUGGGAAAAGCCACGAGGUGAAGAACAACACAGCGAAGAAACACAUACACCCCGGCCAGUUGUGUACGCUACAGUGCAGAAAAAUAGACACUCAUCUGUUCUCUCUCAGCAAAUGGAGUCAAGUCGAGACAAUCAGGCACAUCAUCCUCACACUUCAUUGUUCGAUCACCCUGCUGAAACUGGAAACAAAUUAUACGAAGACAUAUCAAAUGGAACUGAUGAUUCAGGCAUUGUUCAAAAGAAGGCCAAACAAGAAGCAGGACACAGAGUAAACAUACAAACACAUCACGUUGAACUGGUGAUGACAGACGAAACUACUGAAGAUGAUGGCCUUGAAAUUGAUGAUGAUGAACAAAUAGCUCGAGCAAGAGCAAUUACAUUUGAAGAGAAAGGCGGUAUAUAUUACAACAGCGCUGAUAAAAUCAAUAAUCAAAAAGUCGCUGUCAACAACUUAACGAAAUACGUGAUCGAGAAAACUGACAUAGAUAUUGAAGAAGAAUUCGAGAAAUUUCCUUAUGGAUUGACAAAAUCAUACGCCGUGUCGCAGAAGCUCGAGCAUAGUCAUCGAAACAGAUAUAAAGGAAUUUAUCCAUACGACGACACAAGGGUCAAGCUACGCGACUGUCAGACAGAUUACAUCAAUGCUAGUUUCAUAAAUGGGUAUAAUAAACGACAUGCGUACAUUGCAGCUCUAGGUCCCAUGUCAAAACAGCUCGGAGAUUUCAGUCCAUUUUGGCAGAUGAUCUGGCAAGAGAAAGUGGAGAAAAUUGUUAUGCUGACCAACCUUGUUGAAGAUGGGAAAGACAAAUGCGAGCAAUAUUGGCCCCAUCCUGGAACCAGUAAAAACUACGGAAUGUAUUCCGUUUCCUGUCUUAACGAGAAUGUAUAUGCCGACUAUAAGAGGAGGGAAUUCACAAUUUCAAAGGGUCGCGAGACCAGAGAACUUCAUCACCUGCACUUUACCUGCUGGCCUGACAAAGAUGUACCGGAGGAUGUGACAGGAAUCACUGAGUUCAGACAGAGAGUGCAAAACAUACCUAGCCAAUUUGAUGGUCCUGUUCUCGUUCACUGCAGUGCUGGGGUCGGAAGAACUGGAACAUACAUCGCUCAAGAUAUUUUAACAAAGGAGGGAGAGAGUGAGGGAUCAAUACACAUCCCUGGCUGUGUGAUUAACAUGAGACACGAUAGGGCCAAUAUGAUACAGACCAAGAACCAGUACGAGUUCUUACAUAGAGCGCUUGUCUGUUCACUGAGUGAUAUCAGCAAACCAAUAAGAGGGAAAUAUUUUCGCCAGUACAUGAGGCAGAUGGGGGAUGAAGACUUCGACGGACAAUUUCAGGAGAUGCAAACCGUUUUAGAAAAGCCAUCAGAUAAUGAAAUGCAUGCCGUUGAGAGGAAUAAGAUAAUGAAAGGCAAGAACAGACCAUUUGCAGACAUACCAGAAGAUCGCAACAGACCUUGUCUGUUCCUCAAUAAUCCACCAGGUGCUUCUGGAUAUAUAAAUGCAGUUUACAUCGAUAGCUUGAAAGAGAAGAAUCACUUCUUGGUUGUACAAACUCCUAUGAAAGAAACUGUGAUUGACUUUUUGACACUGCUGUUCCAGGAAAAGUGUACAUGUGUCGUAUGUUUUGAACCUGCAACACAAAAUCAAAAAAAACAAAAUGUUGGAUUGUAUUAUCCUGCUGGAAACAACGUUUUAAAACAAGGCAUGUUUCAAGUCAGCUGGACCAAACAAGAAAACCACGGCUAUUGCACAAAAAGACUCCUUACGAUCAAACACAAUGAACCCAAUGGGCACUGUUCUGAAAGGGAAGUCACUCACUUUGAAUUCAAUGCAUGGGAUAAUACCAGUGACAUCCCGAGAUCAACUAAAGAUUACCUUGAUCUUAUCAAAAGCGUGGACGCAAGCUUAAGAGAAGUUUCUAACCGAGGCCCGGUUCUUGUUCAUUGUUUAGACGGGGCAGGUAAAAGCGCAUUGUAUUGUGCUGUUUCCAUUCUGGUUGAAAAGAUGGAUAUAUACCAGGAAGUCAGCGUAGUAAACACAAUCAGGAAGGUCAAGUCAAUACGGAAAUCAGCAAUCCCUACCAAGGCUCAGUUUGAAUUCUGCCACGAAUGCGUGUUUACCUACGUGAAGUCUUUUGAAUACAGUCAAUAUGCGAAUUUCACAGCUAGAAUAUCAAGUGUAUCGGAUGCUUAAACUAAUUUAAAAAAGCUAGUAAAACGACAACAGCUUAGCUGAGAAUGGAUUCGUGCGAUAAACCAAAUAUGAAAAAAGUGAGUCCACUGAUUCGGAAAAUGAGGAAAAACUGAUCCAAUGAUAUUGUUCCAAUGAAUGGGAAUCAUUUAUACAAACGCUUGUCAAUGCUUGAACAUAACUAGGAUUUCCUGUCUGAAUGUUGUACCAGUAUGAAGGGGGAUCUGUUCUUGUGACAAUUCCAAUUGUUUGAUACACAAUGUUUUUCAUUAUGAUUGAUUUCGCCAAACCAGAUGAAUAUGUGAGCUGUUCCUUUCGGACUUUAUGACAACUCUCAUUGAUAUGUAUUGUACACAAGUUGCCCUAGGUAAAGUACAAGAAAUGUAUAGUACAAAGUCACCCUUUGAAAACACAUGAACUUUCCUUUGAUUUAUAUUAAUUAUUUGUGUUAGAUGGUAGUUUGUUUUAAAUUAUAAUAUUUUGUUGUAAGGUAUGUACUUCCCUUUUAAAAAGUGAAGUGUUCUAAUCUAGAUGUAGGUAGUGAAUGUAUCAAUUCAGGCAGCGAGUACAUGCCAAUAUUUGCUUACGCCUUAAUCUGGGCUCGAGAGUUCAGAUUUAUAUCCUUAAUCUAUUACAUUUCUUUUUGUUGAACAUGCUUUAACUGUUACACUGCUGAAAAUUCCUUUUGAUAAAUUUGGGUCUAAAAUCUAGCCUUAUUUGCUACGUCAUAUCUAUAGCGAUGAUUCAAGAUGUAGGGAGAAAUUUAUAAUAUGGACCCAUUGUAAAUUAUCUGCUCGAAGGUGUAAAAAUAUGCGAUUUUUAUAAAUAGUGCAAUUUAUAUAAUGUAAGAAAAAAUUGAAAAUAUAUAAUGUUUCCACAUGUCGACAGGGAUCGAAAAACCGCGGUCACAUACUAACAGUUCUGCUACAGACCGAAGACACUAAUAAAGCAGAGAGUUUCAUAAUUAUAAAUCAAAUUAUAUAGCAAUAUUACUAUGAAGGAUUUGUGUCUGUGGAAGAGUAGCGCGAGAAAUUUUCGCCCAAGCUGCAGUUUGCUCAGGUUCCUUUAAAUAAGCGAAAUUGAUCUUGCGCAAUCACAUUAUGCCAACCCAUCUAUUUUAAUAUCAGAUAGCAUUACGGAUGUGUUGUUUCAAUUAGAGUAGAACAUUAAACAAAUAUUUGUAGUUCCUCAUCACUACUUUAAAACCUUAAUAUUUCAGAGUUUUGAAUGAUGAUUGACUUGUAUUUGUACUCGUUUAAAAAUGAGCAAAUAAUGAUUAAAACUCAUGUUACAUGUAUCUGCUUUUCAUUGAAUAUGUGCAUGCAGAAAAGGUAUGUAGAUAUUGUAUUUACGUAUGUUUUAUUCAAAUUAA